GGCCGUUCUCUCGUGCCAGUUUGUCUGUUGUGGUUGUAGGAUCCUCUAUUCCCCUCGACAGCUCACAAUGCGUUCCUUCUCCAUUGUCGCUGCCGCGUCACUGGCGCUCUCUUGGGCGUCUCUGGCCCAGGCUGCUCGCCCCCGUCUUGUGCCCAAGCCUAUCUCUCGGCCAGCUUCGAGUAAGUCGGCUGCGACUACGGGUGAGGCUUAUUUUGAGCAGCUGCUGGACCAUCAUAACCCGGAGAAGGGAACGUUUUCCCAGCGGUACUGGUGGAGUACUGAAUACUGGGGUGGUCCUGGGUCACCGGUGGUCCUCUUUAACCCUGGAGAGGUCUCUGCCGAUGGCUAUGAGGGGUAUCUCACCAAUGAUACUCUCACUGGUGUCUAUGCGCAGGAGAUCCAGGGUGCCGUCAUUCUCAUUGAACACCGCUACUGGGGCGACUCUUCGCCUUAUGAGGUGCUCAAUGCCGAAACACUUCAGUAUCUCACACUGGAUCAGUCCAUUCUGGACAUGACCUACUUCGCCGAGACGGUAAAGCUGCAGUUCGAUAAUAGCAGCCGCAGCAAUGCGCAGAAUGCUCCCUGGGUCAUGGUCGGUGGCUCAUACAGCGGUGCCUUGACGGCUUGGACCGAGUCUAUCGCGCCUGGAACGUUCUGGGCUUACCAUGCCACCAGUGCGCCUGUGGAGGCUAUCUAUGACUUUUGGCAAUACUUCUACCCCAUUCAGCAAGGCAUGGCACAGAACUGCAGCAAGGAUGUGUCUCUGGUAGCCGAGUAUGUCGACAAAAUCGGGAAGAAUGGAACUGCCAAGGAACAGCAGGAGCUCAAAGACCUGUUUGGCCUGGGAGCUGUUGAGCAUUACGAUGACUUUGCCGCUGUCCUGCCCAACGGACCGUACCUCUGGCAAGACAACGACUUUGUCACAGGAUACUCUUCCUUCUUCCAGUUCUGUGAUGCCGUCGAGGGUGUCGAAGCCGGCGCGGCAGUGACCCCCGGCCCCGAGGGCGUCGGACUUGAAAAGGCCCUGGCCAACUACGCAAACUGGUUCAAUUCAACCAUACUCCCUAACUACUGCGCAAGCUACGGCUACUGGACCGACGAAUGGAGCGUCGCCUGUUUCGACAGCUAUAAUGCCUCGAGCCCUAUCUUCACCGACACCUCCGUGGGUAACCCUGUCGACCGCCAAUGGGAAUGGUUCCUCUGCAACGAGCCUUUCUUCUGGUGGCAGGACGGUGCCCCCGAGGGAACCUCCACUAUUGUGCCCCGGCUCGUCAGCGCCUCCUACUGGCAACGCCAAUGCCCGCUCUACUUCCCUGAAGUGAACGGCUACACGUACGGUAGCGCGAAGGGUAAAAACUCCGCUACGGUGAACAGCUGGACGGGUGGAUGGGAUAUGACCCGCAACACGACGCGGUUGAUCUGGACGAAUGGGCAAUAUGACCCCUGGCGCGACUCCGGUGUGUCGAGCACUUUCCGGCCCGGUGGUCCGCUGGUUAGCACGGCGAAUGAACCCGUGCAGAUUAUUCCGGGCGGGUUCCAUUGCUCGGACUUGUAUAUGGAGGAUUAUUAUGCGAAUGAGGGUGUGAGAAAGGUGGUUGAUAAUGAGGUGAAGCAGAUUAAGGAGUGGGUGGAGGAGUAUUAUGCUUGAUGAAGAUACUGGUGGACAUAUAUGGAGUGUACAUAAAGAAAAUUGUCAUAAAGUGAUGAUGGGAGAUACGGCUAUGGCUGUUGAUUAGAUGGUUCUUUCGCGUUUCCUAAUUACUGAGCACGUGCUCCAUGGUAUGGGAAGUGGAGACGUUGCUAUAUAUAUUGACUGUCGAGC